CGAGAUUUGAACGGCUUUCGUGAAUGGUAAAACCCCUGCGGAUGCGUCGGUCGCCAUUUUGGGCUACUAUUUUGGGCAGUGUUGCAACGAUUAGAAUAAAGUUAGCAAAACGACGAGAUUGCCGCCGUGUUUGUUUCCUUGUCUCUACAUAGUUUGAGUAAGGAUUGUGUAAUAUUGCUGAGUCAAGCGCUUUGACGCUUCUCGGGCUAGUUUAGCUUGCUAGCUGCUAACAAAGAGACGCGAAAGUGAUCAACACGUCGCUAAGCAGAUCAAGUGUGAGUGUAAAGUGUUGUGAUUGUGUGAAACUGUGUAAGGUGCAAAUGCUGAGAACGUUAGUGAAUCAGAGACUAACUGUGGCUGUUGAAGAAAUAUUUGUAGUGUUGGAAAGAACGAUAGCAGAGUACGAGGAGGAACUUUCUCGAACAAAAGAGGAGAACGAGCAACAACGUCAACUACUGGACGCAGUUUUCAAGAAGCCUCAAGUUACGUUACACAAAGCAGACGCCAGUGCAGAAGAGCUUCCCCCUGAGCAGCAGGAGUGGAGCUCCUGGAUGGAGCAGAAGGGGCCCCAGCCCCCUCACAUUAAAGAAAAUGAUGAGGAGCCCCAGCCCUGGCACAUGAAAGAGGAAGAGGAAGAUCACAGUAUCAGUCAGGAGCGAGAGCAUCUUGAAGGGCUGGGGGAGUUCCCGAUGAUUGGUGUCAUUGUGAAGAGUGAAAAUGAUGAAGAUGAAAGUAAAAGAGAGGUAGAGCCUCCAAGCAGCAGCUCAACUCAACACAUUGCAACAGAAGCUGAUGGAGACCACUGUGGAGGAUCACAAGCAGACAACCUCUUAGCUCCACUAUCAGAUAGUGACGACACAACGUCACACUCUCCUGACACUGAUGAUGAAGACUCUAAAGCUGAUAUGACAUGUCACACUGUCAACACACACUUGAAAUGCUCUCACUGUGACAAAACCUUUAAUGACCGUAGUAAUCUGAAAAGACACAUGACAAAUCACACAGGAGAGAAACCAUUCAUGUGCUCCGUGUGUGGUAAAAGAUUCUCUCAGAAUCCACAUUUGCAAGAACACACAAGAAUACAUACUGGAGAGAAACCUUUUGCCUGCUCAGUGUGUGGUAAAAGAUUUACUAAUCGGUCAACUUGGAUGAGACACACAAGGAUACACACUGGAGAGAAAACAUACGCUUGCUCAGUUUGUGGUAAAAAUUUCACUCAGAAGGUGCAUUUGACAAUACACACAAGAACACACACAGGAGAGAAACCUUUCACCUGUUCGGUUUGCUGUCAAACCUUCUCCCAGAAGUCAUCUUUGAUCAUGCACACAAGAACACACACUGGGGAGAAACCAUUUGCCUGCACAGUGUGCGGCAAGAGAUUCAAUCAUCGGUCAAAUUGGUUGAGACACACAAGGACGCACACGGAAGAAAAACCGUACGUGUGCUCAGUCUGUCAUAAAAGUUUCUCUCAAAACGAUUACUUGAUAACGCACAAAAGAACACACAUGGGAGAAAAACCGUAUCCCUGCUCAGUCUGCAAUAGACAUUUUCGUGAUCGUUCAGCAUUGAGUAAACACAUGAAAACACAUGCUGGCGAUGAUCUUCAGAAUAAUAAUGAUGAUAAUAUUGAUCCUUGAGGGUAAAGUCAAUGUUCGCUCUGUUGUUUAAAGCAGUGCUUUUCAGCCACUGUGUCGCGGCACACUAGUAUAUCCAAUUUCACUUAAUUAUUAUCCGCAAAUAAUGUGCUGUUGUCAAGUGUCUGGGCUGUCUAGUAGUGAUCGGCAGUAUAACCACGUAACAAAAGAAAGCAAAGAUGGAUAGCUCAAGCAAAAUUUCCUGCGCGAGGAAAUACAGCAAAAGCUAUCUUUCAUUUGGAUUUACUAUCUCUGGGGAUGCAAGGAAAGACUACGUUGUGCUUGGUGUGUGGUGAAAAGCUAUCCAACAAGGCUGUGGUCCCAAGUAAGCUUCAACGUCAUCUCCAAAAGAGAGUGAGAGUUUUUGAGGAAAAGCUGUGUGUGUCUUUCUUCGAUUCCUGCCAGAAAAUAUCAGCUCUGUGUUUAUUCAAACAGGCCCAGGUUUCACACCGAGUGAGUGGAAAUCUGAAUGAAAUACUUCUGAAAUACAUUUUCUUUGUGUUUAUUUGAUUCCCACACUGACACCGUGACGAGAACAACUUAAUAUUGUCAAUAUAGGCUACAGAGUUCAUUUGUUAACAUUUCCAGGUGCUGGUGUGCCUCGUGGUUUUUUUGCAAUUAAAAAAAUGUGCCUUUGUUCCAGAAAGGUUGAAAAGCACUGGUGUAAAGAUUGUGUUGCAUGUAUUACAUCACACACAUGCAUGAGGUGAAUUGACGCUGGGGGGUGGUUGUAUGCCUACAGUGGUCUGCUGUGAUAGAGAAUCGACUUUUCGUCCCCACGCAGUUUCUUCCUUAAAAUAUGUAAAUGCAUGACAUGAAAUGCUGAGCCGAGGAGCUAUUAACAAGCCCACAUCUGCCUGCAACCUCUCCCCUGUAGCAACUCCAGAGUAGAACAAGGUCCAGCCCCUCUCAAGGAGUUGGGUUCCAGAACCAUAGUCGAGAUGUCUACUCGGAAUGUCUCAACCUCUCGCACAAGCUCGGGCUCCUUCUCCACCAGAGAAGUAACAUUCUAAAUAACAUUUUCUUCGUAUUUGUAUUUGCAUGUAUGUAUCCUUUCUGCUAUUACCGAAUAGCAUUAUUUUAGUUUUACUUAGUUUGAGGGAUAAUCUGUUUUUAUCAAACCAUCUUUUUAGUAUAGACCUUUUUAAAUUCUUCUCCAAAACAGAAUGUCGUCUGCGAAAAAUGCUAACUUUGGGUCUUUUGCGGCUUUACGGAUAUUGUUUAUGUAGAAGUUGAACGGCUUUGGCCCCGGUACUGAACCCUGGGGUACACCGCAUGAUAUAUUUAAGCUUGCAGAUGUACAUUCUCCUAGCUUCACACAUUCCUUCCUAUUUGCUAAGUAGCUUUUUACCAGUCCAAGACUGACCUGCUGAUUCCAUACCUUUCUAGUCUGUUUAUUAAAAUAUUGUGAUUAAUUGUAUAAAAUUAUUUAGUUAAAUCCAUAAAUACUGCAGCUGCACACUCUGCGAUCUAUAGCGUUGGUAAUUUCCUUGGUUAUUUCAAUUAGUGCCAUGGAAGUUGAAAUGUUAGCUCUGUAUCCAUAUUGGCUGCCCAUGAUUAAUUGAUUCGUAUUUCUAAAUAUAUCUAGCAUGUUGUUGAGUAGCUUUUUAAGGAUUUUAGAAAAUUGUGGCAAUAAAGAAAGUGGUCAGUAGUUUCCAAAUUUAUAUUUAUUUCCAGUUUUGAACAUUUGUGCUACUUUAGCUAUAUUUUCAUUUUGUUUGGAAAAAUACCAGUCUGAAAUGAUAAGUUGCUAUAUACGUCAGUGGUUCCGCAGUCUCGUUAAUGACCUUUUUUUCAUUCCCAUGUCGAUUGCGUUACGGUUAGUUGAUGUUUUUGCUUUACUUUUAUUGACAAUAUCGAUUGUUUCCUUUUUUGACACCAGUGAGGAACAUGGAGUUAGGAUUCCUGUCUAUACUUUCAUCCCAUCCUUCUGCUGACAAGUUAUUUGGGAUCCUUUCUUCCAAGUUUGGUCCAAUAUUUAUGACGUAUCUAUUGAAUAUUUAACUAUCUCGUUCAUAUCCUCAUUUUUAGCAUUUCCAUAUAUAAAAUAUUGAGGGUAAUCUGCUUUCUUGGAUCCAUUCCUGAUAAUACUGUAUAGAAUACCCAAUGUUGCUCUACUGUUUUUUAUUUUUGUCUGAAAAAUUACUGUAAUAUGCUCUCUUGCACACUCUUAAAAUAUUUGUUAACUGGUUUCUUGUGUUAUAAAUAUAUAAUGCGUUUUUCUUCUUACAAGCAUUUUGGAGACCCUUUGUCAUCCACGGUUGAUUUCUCUUCUUUUGCUUACUAGACAACUUUCUCAAUGGGCAGUGCAUAUUAUAGAGCUUCAUAGA